AUGGACCGCAGCCGUGCUGUCCAAGGUGGACAUGAUGACAUUAUACCAUUGAUGACCUCAUCUGAACCUACAUCAUACAAUAACGGCGAUGCAGUGAUGCAGGACGUCGACGAUACCCCGCUGUUCUCACCACCAAUGGUCGCUUCGCCAGAAAUCAUGGACGCCAAAGGAGGCGCGUACAGGAACUUUAGCACUCCCAGCUCAGGCGGUUACAGAAACUUCAGCACUGCUAGUACAACUUUCGACAUGGAAGACGGAUCUCAACAUGAAAAAGGGUCGCAUCACAUCAAGCGUUUUGACCAUAGAGAAGCACGAAAAUCACUUUUGAUUACUGGCGCCUCGAAGCUUUUAAUCACGUUGUUUUUCAGUGCUGCCAUGUGCAUUACUCUCAAGUGUUGGGAAGGGUUCCGCCACCCAAUCGUUCUCUCUAAAAAGGAUCUUCGUGUCUUCAACUCACUCACAAUUGGCCUAUCACUAUGUUUGGGCUUGAACCUACUCGCAUCGCUGAAGCAUUACGCCUCCGUCUUUCGAUGGACCUUCCUCUCUCGACGAUAUGUCAGUUUAGAGGUGUUUGAUCUCAUUCUCCAUCUCAGCUCCCUAGCCAAGGUCACGAAACUCAUGAUCAUAUCCUCUCCUGGUUUUCGCGGCAAGACAUGGCUACGGAGAUUCCGGUGGUUCAAAGAUGUGAGGGACGAUGGCACGAAAUGGAUGUGGCUCGCAUGUCUAGCCUGGCUUCUGAUCAAUAUUGGCUCCCAGGUUCUUGUCGCUCUAUUGAGCUUGUUUUGGCCCACAAACAAUUCUGAACUCCCACUCCUUAGCAAGGGAAAUGUAACGGUCGCGAACCUGAACGCCUGGUAUGUCGACGAAACUUCACCUGAACUUGCGGUGGAUCCUGAAAAGAUGAUAAACGGGGCGCCUCUGGAUGCAGCAUGGACAUAUGGGAUGGCAGGCAUGGCAUAUCCAGUAUUCAAUGUCUCGGAUAUACAAAAAGAUCUAUCUGGACAAACAGGUGUACCCAUCUACAAAGAUGACGGUGCAUACACAUACCGUUUCUUCAACCGCGAACCAACACAUCAGUGGCUCAACUACAUGGCCAGUUCACGCAACGUGACUGCCAAGGCUACAUGCACUCAGCUCGAACUAAAAGAUAGCGAAAUCCAAUACAGAACCAGCGGACGUGCUUACCUGGUGGCCCGAGAGCCUGGCACGGAAGAAUACCUUGAGUGGGAAUUUCCCGAAAUAGCCUCAGGCUCAAUGACAUAUGCAGCAUCCCUAGACCGUCACUGCGGCGAUCGCUGUACAAACUUUACAAUCACGCAGAUAGGCAUCAAGGACGACCCAGUUGACCAAACGUCCGUGUUCAUCUGCAACAGCACGCUGAGCAAUGUUACGGACCCUACUGGAAAAAACGAUAUAACAAUGCGUAGUCGUAGUGACUCCGCCGCCGUCUACGGCACCGACGGAUUCGCGCGUACAGCAGCCGGCGCAAUCGGUUGGGCGGGACUAUGGACAGAUACCUGGCCCGACCGACAAUACCGGUCCUACAUUCAAGGUAACAAAUGGUCGCCCGCACACAACAUGCAGGCACAUGAAGUCGAAGACCUUCUCAUGCACUUCACAAUCAAUGCCGUCGCCGCCUUUGACGACCAUGGCAUCCGCUAUAAUCUCAUGUCCCAGACUGUAGUCCCAAACCAAGGCCAGCAACUAGAUAUCGACUGGCCCCACAUCUUCAGUAUACUGGGCGGUAUUUGCGGCAUCCAGUUCCUCGCCCUCAUUCUGCUGGUGUUGUUUGCACAUCGCACGAUUGUCAGGGAUGAUAGUUAUUUCAGCAUGGCCAUGUUGCUGAGGCCUGUGGUGAGCAGGAUUGGAGAGGGCGGUAUGUUGAUGAGUGGGGAUGAGAUUAAGGAGAGCAAAGCGUUGAAGUGGAAGAAGAUACGAUAUGAUUACCGUGAGGGGGCUGAUGGGGAGCCGAAUCGUGUUGCUAUCUUUUGGGAGGGCAGGGACCAGAAGGAAGGGCGGAAGAGUUGGGCGGCGGGGAGUUAUAGUUAGGUUGGGACGUUACUUCUUCUAUGUAUGUAUGUAAUAGUAAUGGACUGUAGGGGUUGAUUCUUGUUUAUUCA